AUGGCCCGUCAUACGGGAAGUGAAGAGAAUAGACUGCGCGGAUAUAAAGCAGCCGCCCAUAACCCACGCAAUUCCAGCGAGGCUCGCGCCCACGCCCAAGAAGAAGUCACCAAGUUGUCCCACGCCGAACACGAGCACGAGCGCCAGAGCGGUCAACCCCAAUACAGCAGCGACGAAGAGCAUCCCUACAACGAGCGGCACGAGGAGAAUGUGAAGCGGGGCCUGAAAGCGGCCGUGCAUAACCCAAGGGUUUCGCAGGGUGGGAAGGAGAGAGCGCAGCAUAAAUUGGAUGAGAUGGGUGAGCCGGUGGAGUGA